AUGCCAAUGGACGCCCGCCAUGACGAACGCCCCGUGAUCCACAUCGCCGACAACUGCGCACUUAACGAUUUGGCCGAAGAAGAGAUGCAAUGCAGCAUGGAUCUUUUCACCUCCGGCUGCGCCCAUUUUGAACUGGCCAUCAACACGGCUUAUACGGUAGUCAAGCAUCAACGGUCACCAAACGCUGAAUACAGUGUUCCUCGCAUCCACGUCAACGGCAUCAAACUGAAGAUGAUGGACAACUUCAACUACUUAUGCAGCACAAUAUCACGCUGCAUCAGAAUCGACGAGGAAGUGGCCCACCGGGUCUUCAAAGCCAGCCAAGCCUUCGGUCGAAUGCAGAACUCAGCGCGGGAUUUACACAGCCUUCACCUGAACACCAAACGGAAGAUGUAUAAGUUCGUCUUCCUGACAACGCUUCUCUAUGGAGCGGAGAUUUGA